ACUGUUGAGUGAAGCCGAACGUUUCUCUGGACAAAUGAAACUCUAAGACAAAGUUCAGGUAAAUGGAGCAGAUGUUUUAUAGAAAUGAGAUAUGUGAAAAUCUAAAGAAAUCAACCAACAUAUGAGAAGCAGAAAAACAUCAACCUCCACAAUUCUGGUUCUCUUCAGAUCACCAAGAUGCAGAUUGUCUCCUGGCUUGGACUGUUUCUCUGGUUGCUUUAUAUCAACGAUGUGGGGGCAGCAACUUUUAAACUGGCCCUGGUUGGCCCCUGGUCCUGUGACCCCCUGUUCUCCAGAGCAAUGCCAGUAGCUGCAGCUAACCUAGCAUUAUCACGGCUAAGAAGUGACAGCUACAUGAGCAGAGGAUACUGGUAYGAUGUGAAACUGCUCAACGAGGACUGCUCUGUUUCCAAAGCGUUGACUGAGUUGGGGGAAAUGGAGGGUUACGGUCAUGCUUACAUCGGACCUUUCAACCCGACCCUCUGCCCUGCAGCGUCCUUAUUCACCCAGCACUGGGAGGCAGGCCUGGCUUCUCCAGGCUGUCUGGAUGAUGACUGGCUGAACCUGCCCCCGAUAACGCCUCCUAUUAAAGUCCUCAAAACUGUCCUCAGAUUCUUCCGCUGGGCUCACGUUGCAGUCCUUUCAGCCCCAACUGAUCUCUGGGAAAGCACUGGAGAAGAAGUAGCCUCUGCGCUCCGAGCUGUGGGCUUGCCAAUUGCUCCUGUGGUUUCCAUGGAAACAAAGAACAAAAGCUGGGCUAGGGAGGCGCUGAAUGAGAUCAGGCAGUCCGACAAAGUCAAAGUGAUCAUCAUGUGUAUGAGUUCCGUCCUGAUUGGUGGAGAGCAUCAGAGGGAACUCCUGCUGGAGGCUCUAGACAUGGGGAUGAUCGCUGACGGUUACAUCUUCAUCCCGUAUGAUGCCCUGCUGUACGCCAUGCCUUACCAGGACACAACAUUCCCUCUGCUGACCAACAACACCCAGCUGCGUCAUGCCUACAGCGCCGUGCUGACCGUUACCAUGGCUUCUGAUGAGAGUUUCUAUGAGACCUUUCGCCAGGCUCAGAUCUCCAGAGAGAUCCGCUCCGCAAUCUCUGCCACAGAGGUGUCUCCACUGUUUGGGACCGUCUUUAAUAUGGUCUACUUUGUCGCUAAAACCGUGGAAGAGCGUCGGCAGGCGGGUGGAGGACACUGGGUGACAGGAAAUCAGCUCUUCAGCUCAGAUGGAGGCUUUGACUUCCAGGGCUUCAACCAGAACAGGAAGUACAAGAGAACACCAAACGUCACCAAAUUAAUCYUGACCCUGGAUGACAUUGUGUUCAUCGACACUCAAGUUAGUAAGAAGAAAUUAAAUGAUGAAUCCAUCAUGAGGAGUCUUUUGGAAAUAAAAACUCCGCUCCGCUCGAUAGCCAGAAGUUACAUCCUGACGUCACCUGAGAGUUCCAACAUUGGGAUAUUGGAGGRGAGGUGGGUGGGUCUUGAGAAUGUCCCUUUAUUGAAAGUAUGUUGGCUGUUUCAACAUGGAUCUGUCUGUGUUUGUUUCCAGCUGAGGGAGAUGCGCCAUGAGAACCUGAAUCUGUACCUGGGUUUGUUUGUGGAUUCAGGGAUCCUGGCCCUGGUGGUGGAGCACUGUCCCCGGGGCAGCCUGGCAGACCUGCUGGCCGACAGCGACGUCAGGCUGGACUGGAUGUUCAAGUCAUCGCUGCUCAUGGACCUCAUUAAGGGAAUGAAGUAUCUUCAUCUGCGAGGGUUGACUCACGGUCGCCUCAAGUCCACUAAUUGCUUAGUGGAUGGCCGAUUUGUGUUGAAAAUCACAGACUACGGUCUACCCAUGAUCCUUCAGUCUCAAGGUGUCAGUCUGUCUGACGAUGCACAAGAUCUUCUGUGGACAGCUCCUGAACUUCUGAGGAACUCAGAACAAGCCGGUUCUUUUGCCGGAGAUGUCUUUAGUUUUUCCAUCAUCAUACAGGAAGUGAUCUCACGAACACUUCCCUACGCCAUGAUGGACAUGCCUGCUCAGGAGAUUGUGGAGCGUYUGAAGAAGCCCCCUCCUCUCUGCAGGCCUCUUGUUUCAGUGGAUGAAGCUCCUGCUGAGUGUCUCAAUCUGAUGAAUGAAUGUUGGAAUGAAGAUCCGAGCAAGCGGCCCAACUUUGAUGAAAUUUUUAAGCAGUUUCGGGGCAUCAGCAGAGGGAAGAAGGCUAACAUCAUUGACUCCAUGCUGCGGAUGCUGGAGCAGUACAGCUCCAACCUGGAGGAUCUGAUCAGGGAGCGAACAGAUGAGCUGGAGGUUGAGAGGACCAAAACGGAUAAGUUAAUUGGACAGCUUUUACCAAAAUCUGUGGCUCAGGCCUUGAAGAAGGGAAAGCCUGUCCAGCCUGAACAUUACUCAGACUGCACACUGUACUUCAGCGACAUCGUCGGAUUUACAACCAUCUCAGCUCUAAGUGAACCCAUUGAGGUGGUCGACUUGCUUAAUGACCUUUACACCAUGUUUGAUGCCAUCAUCGCUACUCAUGAUGUCUACAAAGUAGAGACUAUUGGAGACGCCUACAUGGUGGCUUCAGGGGUUCCUAACAGAAAUGGGAAUCGGCACGCAGCUGAAGUGUCAAACAUGUCGCUUGACAUCCUUCAUUCAAUAGGAGCAUUUAAGAUCAAACACAUGCCAGAAAUCAAAGUGAAAAUACGCAUUGGACUGCACUCAGGACCAGUGGUUGCAGGUGUGGUGGGACUGACCAUGCCCAGGUACUGUCUGUUUGGAGACACGGUGACCACAGCCUCGCACAUGGAAGCCAGCGGUCUGCCUUACAGGAUCCACAUCAGCCUCAGUACAGUCAAGGUUCUGACCAGUCUGAAAGUGGGAUACCUCAUAGACACCAGAAAGGCACAGGUAAAGGGCACAGAGGACACAUACUGGCUGAUGGGUCGAGAGGAUUUCAACAAACCUCUUCCUCUUCCCCCAGAUCUUGCUGGAGGGGCCAGUAAUCACGGCAUAAGCCUCGAUGAGAUUCCUGUCGAAAGACGACAAAAGUUUCUCGACCGACAGAACAAAAUGAAAAAAUAGACAGCAAAGUUUUAUUUUAUGUAAAUGUCUGCAAAAACRYAAAAUCUUACCAGAUAUYUUUGGUCUGAUUUCCAGUGAAAAUAUCWUGAAAUAAGAUAMAACUAACUUAAAAGUAUCUUUUCUGAAAGAAAUAGGAGCUUGUUUUAAGUCAAUAACUCUUUAACAUUUAUGGGGRAAAAAUUACUAGUUCAAUUUGCACAUUAUUUCACUUAUAAUAUGGGAAAAUGUCUUGUUGUAAAUGAAAUAAUCUACCAAUGUAACUAGUACGUUUUCAUCAACAUUAAUGAAAUCUUGACUUAAAGCAAGCCCCCUGUAUCUUGCUGUAAUGUUAUUUGUAAGUUAGUUUUGUCUUACUUCAACUAUACUAAGAUAUUUGCACUGGAA